CCCCUGGUGGCUUCUCUGAGCCAGCGCGGUGAGCGUGCGUCGGGUUAGCUGGCUGCCGAAGCACCAAGCCCCUCUGUGGAGAGGGCGGGAUGAGGACUCGCCCCGCCCUCGGGGCGUAAACAAGGGGCGGCCACCAAUCCCGGGCCCCGCCCUCAGCUGUGUUUUCGGGCGCGCGCCGCAGCCACCGCCGAGGUGGACGCAAAACCUCCGUGUGAACGUGCGCGUGUCUGAGUGCGUACGUCACCAGCGUCGGCUUCUUGGGCCGGGCGGCAGAAGACCGGGGGCUUGCAGAGCAGGAACAGCGACAGCGGAGAGAAGAGCGGACAGAUCAAAAGUCUUUCAUCUUUUCCUACAAAUCAACUGAAGCCAAAAGGUCUGGACAAGGCCCCCAUGUUCCUUUCUGUGUCCUUAGAAGUCAACAGUGUGGGGAGUUGGAGUGGCCCAGCUGGAUGUUACACCUAGGACAGAAUGGUGCUGGACUCAGGGACUCAGGUGUAUGAGCAGGCAUCCCCCAGCCCUCCUGCCAGUCCCUCAUCCUUGGGACAUAGGUUGAAGCCCUCAGUCCGAGAUGGGACAUCGUUGUACCCCUGGCCUCAGUCCCUGGACUUGUCUCUGGCUCUGUCAGUCCCCUCAACCUUGCAACAACCACAGCCUGAGCCACAGCUCGUCUCAGAGCUGCGCGUGGGCCACCGUAGCCACAUGCGUCGCAGUGAGAGCACCUACACUGUAAACAGUACUGGCCGGCAGAGGAGGGGUGGCACUCAUGCUCGAGCACCGCCUGGAAGAGGCCGGGACCCAGGUGGGGGCACCCUACGGCCUGCCGCCUCCCUGCCUCACAUUGCUAAGGCUCGAAAGGAUGCAGCUCGGGGUGCCAGCAAGAGCCCUUGCAUGUUGGUGGCCCUGCGGCCAACCAACAUGGACCAUGAGCGGAACAAGUUCUUCCAGUCCCAUUACACCUAUAACCCACAGUUUGAGUACCAGGAGCCCAGACCUGUAGCUGUGUUGGAGAAAUACUGUGAGGCUUCAGGACAGUUUAUCCACCAGGCAAUUGGCAUCAUUGAGGCUGUCCUGGAGAAGUUCGGCACCUAUGAACACUUUGAGGCUUCCACCGGGGGCCAGUUGCUGACCAAAUGCCAGAUCUGGUCUAUUGUGCGCAAAUACAUGCAGAAGGAGGGCUGCGUCGGGGAGAUUGUGGUGCAGCUGAGUGAGGACCUGCUGUCCCAGGCAGUGAUGAUGGUGGAGAACAGCAGACCUACACUGGCCAUCAACCUGACCGGAGCACGCCAGUAUUGGUUGGAGGGCAUGCUGCGGCACGAGAUAGGUACACAUUACCUGCGGGGUGUGAACAAUGCGCAGCAGCCCUGGCACAGUGCAGAAGACCGGCUGAAGUUUGGGCUGCGGCCUGUGAACCCCACGGAAGAGGGUCUGGCCAGCCUGCACAGCGUGCUCUUCCGCAAACAGCCCUUCCUGUGGCGUGCUGCACUGCUCUACUACACCAUCCACCGGGCUGAGCACAUGUCCUUCCGCCAGCUCUUCCAGGACCUGGCACGCUACGUGCAGAAUGCCAACGUGCGCUGGGAAUACUGCGUGCGUGCAAAACGUGGCCAGACUGACACCUCAGUGCCUGGCUGCUUUAGCAAGGACCAAGUGUACCUAGACGGCAUCUUGCGCAUCUUGAGGCACCGCCAGACCAUUGAUUUCCCACUGCUCACUUCGCUAGGCAAGGUGUCCUAUGAAGAUGUAGACAAACUACGGCCUUAUGGGGUACUGGAAAAAACCCGGGUACCCCACUUCAUGCAAGACUUGGCUCGCUACCGACAGCAGCUUGAGCACAUCAUGACCACCAACCAGCUGGAUGAGGAAGAGUUGGCCCGCCUGCUGCCUGAAUGAUGCUGGAUGAGGGCUUCAGGCAGAGACCCUGGAUGGAGGCUCCACAUCUGCCCCCCAGAACAUGAAGCUGACUGCUCUGUGC